GUGUAGUAGGACUGCCAGAAUAAGAGUAUGUGCGCACCUUUUAUGGAGAUGGGACACAUCAGCAGGGCAGAGUAAGUGGAGGACAGGUACCCAUCCCUGUGGUGACCACAACAAAUAGAAGGCCUUCGCCUUCACCGCACGUGUCUCAUUUCGGCAGCCGCGAAUCGUCUCGUGCCUGCCCUCAAAAGCUUUCCCUCUCUACUCUCUCCACCACCUAUGACACCAAACACCAACACCUUUCGCAACAAUCACAACAAUCACAACAAUCACAACAAUCACAACAAUCACAACAAUCACAACAAUCACAACAAUCACAACAAUCACAACAAUCACAACAGUCACAACAAUCACAACAGUCACAACAAUCACAACAGUCACAACAAUCACAACGCCGAUAAGCCAACACCAUGUUGCUCACUUCUCUUACCAAGCUCGUCCCUCUUAUCUCCCUCGCAGUGACAGUCACUGCCAUCCCAGCCCGACCUUCAGCCCUCGACAACGCCGUUGUCCGUGACUGCGAAUCCGACUUCGCGCGCUGCACGCGCCUGCGAAUAAGUCUCGACUACUGCCGCGCGCUUAUGUGCAACUCUUACAACAGCGAGUGUAAGCCAUGCCAGGCUGACGCCUUCCCUGGCGUCACCGACCACACCGUCACUCAGCUCACCAACGACAACACCGCUGUCGAAGUGCAGGUCUUGGACAGCCGUGCAGGUGCGAAGCCUCCCAAAAAUUAUUGCAUCGUCAUCUGCACGCACGCCUACUGCGGUCUCCUCUGCACAAACCCCAGCCGCCCACCCUCUGCCGUAGUCGACGACGCCGAGGUCGCCACUAACAUUGACACUGCAGACCUCUUGGACCUCACUGACGCGCAGCCUGACAAGCUCGGCGUGCCCCUCAAAGAGGGUAUGACCACCGUCAUCACUACCGUGGGCACGAAGGACAACAAGCGCGAGAAGGACUGCAUGUGGGUCUGCAGCGGCAAGGUCAACUGUCGCCAGGUCUGCUGGGCCACGAGCGAUGUCAAGGGCGCACUCAUCGAGGACAUCGGUUCUCUGCCCGAAGGCGAGGCUGUCGAUGGCAUGGGCGACUGCGAGGUCGUGGACAAGGGCGGUGUGGGUCCACUCAUGGUCUGCCAGGUUCCUGAGGUCGCUGGCGGCGACGCGCUCGCUGCUGGCGACGUGGACCCUAACCAUUGCUUGAUCGUCUGGAUGAGAGGCAUGCCGCAGAUUACCUGCCAUCAGGUGUAG